AUGUACAGCUGCAGGGACGGUUCUUGUUUUGCUUCUGACCUAAUCUGCAACCACAUCCGUAACUGCGUGGACGGCUCAGACGAAGAUAAGCUAAUCUGCACCGACAGGUGGGUAUUCUAUCUUUUAGAGUCUGGAUCACGGAACAUCACCGUUUCACCACGGCAACCGUUCGAAUUCACCUGCUCAGCACCGCAGGGGUCACGUCCAUUGGUGACCAUAGCAACAAUGCAGAAUCUGACUUUGGAAAAUGAUUCAAGAUUCAUGAUAACACAAGCUUCUUCAAACAAAAUUCAGGUCAAAGCAGUAUAUGGGUUGGCGGAAGCUGACAACGGCAUCACGUUUAUAUGCUUGAUAAAGCCAAGGACGUGGCAAUACAUCGUGGUGAAUAUUGAGUCGCAGUGCCCGCGUAAUCAGAGCCAAUGUGGAGAUGGCUCAUGUCUACCCACUCUUUUGUUCUGCGAUGGCAAAGCAGACUGUCCAGAUGCGUCGGAUGAAUAUCACGUCCUUUGCUCACCUGCAAGUGGAGGAGAACUAGUCAUCACACCAAUCGAGAUUCAUAGUAGUCCAUGGGUUCCAUUGACCUUUGCCUGCCAUGCUCCGACCGGAUCUCACCCAGAUUUCAUCAUCAAUGGGAGUGGAAAGGCCCUGAGUGAAGAUGGGCGCUUCACGGUAUCAUGGCCGCACGAAAACGAAAUUGUUGCUAGUGCCCCUUAUGGUCUCCAGGGCAAAAGCAUCCUAAAAGUUUGGUGCGUACUGGAGACAGGUGCACAAAAGUCCAUCGACAUCCUCAUCGAGCAGACAUGCCCCAGCCAAAGCUACCAAUGCGCAGACGGAAUGUGCAUUCAAUCCUCCUUACUAUGUGACCGGAAACGAGACUGCAAAGAUGGAUCAGAUGAGAGAUUUUGCGAAAUAACAGGUAUUAAACCGGACCUAAUUCUAAUACCUGAUUCGAUCAGCGUACGUCCAAAGCAGUCCUUCACAUUCACUUGUACAGCCCCAGAGGGUAUCAAACCGGAGGUCUACUUUGCGAGGGAUCAACGUCCAAUUUCUAGUGAUCGACGAUUCAAAGUUGAAAGACAUGACUGGAACAGCGCUACCGUCACAGCUAUAAAUGGCCUUUUGGAGACAAAUGAUGGGCUGUUAUUUACGACGCCGGCUGGAGAGCAGCAGCAUGUGGUGGUUUUGGUGGACCAUCCAUGCGGUCAAGGCAUGUUUCAAUGCAACUCGAACUUAUGCAUCCCUGCUGCCACGGUGUGUGACGGUCGGCGAAACUGUCCUGAUGGAUCAGAUGAGGAUCGCCGUUUCUGCCUGUCUGCUCCUCUAGAAGUGAAAAUGAGUCCAUCCUCAAUACGGGUUACAGCGUGGAAUCCCUUCAAUUUCUCCUGCAAGUCGGAGAGUGGUGGCGACCCAGUAGUGAUUUACACAGCUACUGGAACCUCUGUGGACAGAGAUCCCCGGUUCCGAGUGCAGAGACCAGAUUCACAGACUAUUCUAGUCCACGCGCCCUACGGGAUUCAUACUUAUGGCGAUAUCGCCAAAUUUAUUUGUCUAACGACGGAGGGACAACGCGAAGAAGUUGCUGUUUCGAUUGAGUCACAUUGCGCAACUGGGCAGUCGCAGUGCAGGAGUGGUGAAUGUGUCAGCUCCUCAAAAUUUUGCGAUGGCUAUCCCCAUUGUGCAGAUGCCUCCGACGAAUUUCCUGUGUUCUGCCAAAAGGCGAAGGUGAGUACGGUUAUUAUUCCCAGCUCGAUUCGGACCCUGCCAUGGCGAACCUUCCAGUUCAUGUGCAUCGGUCCGUCCUCCAGUCCAGCUGAACUAGUCUUCUCACACACUCGCAAACUGGUAGCCGAUGAUUCGUUGUAUGAGGUUGUUCGGAUCAACGAAAACAUCAUUCAAGUGAAGGCCCCUCAAGGUCUUCGCGGAAAUGACGAUACCACAAUUGAGUGCUUCCUCACCACCGGAGAAAAGAACCAUAUUAAAAUAACCAUCGAAGAUCCUUGCCCAUACGGUCAGAUGCAAUGUAGGAACGGUCCUUGCAUCAACACAGUGGCCUUUUGCGACGAUCACUGGGACUGCUCUGACGGUUCUGAUGAAGACUCUGGCUUCUGUACAGCCGCUAAAUUGGCUCAAGAAAUCUCAAUCUAUCCAAAGUCCAUCGUUACUUCACCGUGGAAUCACUUCACUUUUGUUUGCAUAACCUCAUCAAACAGCCACGCCACAAUUGUGUUCCAAAAUGAUGGUCGUCUGGUUGAGGGAGAUACGCGCUUUAAUGUGUUCAGAAGGGACGCCAGUGCAAUCGAAGUAAGCGCCCCGUUUGGCCUGCGCAAGGUAGACAGCACCACACUUGAAUGCGUGACACAGAAGGGUGAGAGACAGGCUAUCUCCAUUGUCGUCCAGGACCCCUGUCCUUCUGGGCAAAUGUUAUGUCGCGACGGUGGAUGUAUAGGCCAGCACCAAUUCUGCGACGGUCGCGUCAACUGUCUUGAUGCCAGCGACGAGCAAGAGGACUUCUGUUGGAUACCUGAACAGGGCAUUGAUGUAACUCCUCGCAUCAUAGAAGUUUCGGAAUGGACUCCAUUUAGUUUCGCGUGUCGUGGCCCACCAAAUAGCCAGGUAAUGGCAAUUUUUAGCACAAGUGGUCUAUCAGUGGAGAAAGACCCGCGAUUCGAAGUUAUUGGAUCUAACACUUCCAACAUCCAUGUCACCGCCCCCCUGGGUCUGCGCUCAGUCGACGGUACAGAGGUGGAAUGCAUGACCAAGAGUGGGCAAAAAAAAGUUCUUAAAAUAUCCAUUGAUGGUGACUGCCCGUAUGGCGAAACAGGUUGCCAGGAUGGAACGUGCAUAUCAACCUUGAACUUUUGUGACGGUCUACCUCAUUGUCCUGAUGGAUCCGACGAGCUAUCAAAAUUUUGCGGGGAACUUAAGACGCAUCAACAAGUCGUAAGGGUUUAUCCAGAAACAAUAGUUGUAGACGAAUGGACUCCGUUCAGUUUCGUGUGUACGAGUACACCGGGUUCGACGCUGACGCCCAUCAUAAAAGCUGACGGUUCUCCGGUCAGUGCUGAUUCGCGUUUCAGCGUCACCACCCAUAACGAAACAGUAAUUGAAAUUGCGGCACCGAAGGGCCUUCGCAACACUGAUGACAUAAAAAUAGAAUGCGCCAAUUCCGCCGGUGAAGGUAAAACCAUAACCAUCACAGUGGUGGAUGUAUGCCAGCCCAAUGAUUUUCAGUGUAAAGAUGGCUCCUGUACUUUGCGCUCCAAUGUAUGUGGAGGAACACGCCAUUGUACUGACGGCUCUGAUGAAGGACCAACUCUUUGUGGAGGCAAUGCAGAAGCCACACCAUCCAUCACUGUCUCGCCGGGGUCCAUUCGGGUUUAUGAAUGGAUUCCGUUUCGCUUCGUGUGCAACAGCGCCACUGGUCGCAUUACAGCUAACGUCAAGGCAACUGGCGACCUCGUUGAAUAUGAUCACAGAUUUCACGUCGCCCAUAUAAACUCCACUGCCACUGAAGUUUCUGCUCCAUUUGGCUUGAGGAAUAUCGAUGACAUGGAAAUUGAAUGUGUUUCAACGAGUGGUGACAAAAUGUCUAUAGAUAUAAUAAUCGACACUCACUGCCCCGAAGGGCAGUCCCAAUGCAAAGACGGCGAAUGCAUCCCCACUCCUCAAGUCUGCGACUUCAUUACGCACUGCAAGGAUCAUACGGACGAAGUUCCUGACUUUUGUCUCGCACACUCGAAGCCUUUGAUGAUAAUCGACCCCCCGGUGAUCAGCAUACCAGCUUGGCAGAUGUUUGAGUUCGCGUGCAGCAGCGUCGAUGGCGAUGAUGUUGAGGCCUAUUUUUCGCCUGACGGUGGUCGAGUGGACGAAGAUGCCCGAUUCCGCAUCACCAGGCAUAACACUACAACGAUAGUCAUUUCUGCUCCCGAGGGUCUUCGUGACAUCGACGACAUGCGUAUCGAAUGUAUCUCGGCUAGCGGCAGGAGAGGUGUUCUGAUAACAAUACGUGAUGUCUGUGGUCAAGGAUACUCAAAGUGCAGAGAUGGGUCUUGCGUAUCUCGCUCGCAGCUUUGCGACGGAACCGUUCACUGUCUUGAUGGGUCAGACGAAAGUCCAAAGUUUUGCAUAGAGCCAACCAGGCAUCCUAUUUUAAUCGACCCGCCACAUAUCUACAAACCAGCAUGGAUCACUUUCGAAAUUGUAUGUAGUAGUUCGACAGAAGGCCCUGUUAAAGCCAUCUUCGCUCAUGACGGCUCCCGAGUUGAACUAGAUCCCCGAUUCAAUGUCACAUCAUACAAUGCUAGUACCGUCAUCAUCAAUGCUCCAAAUGGUUUGCGAGACAAUGACGACUUGACAAUCCAGUGCGUUUCUACCAGAGGACAAAUGAAGAAUGUUACGAUAACCAUAGCAAGUGGCUGUGGAGAAGGGUACACACAAUGUCGAGAUGGAACUUGUAUACAGCAAACGAACUUGUGCGAUGGCGUCACCCAUUGCUCCGAUCAUUCCGAUGAGGACAAAGUGUUUUGUAAAAUGCCCAUAUCUUCAAUUAUCGUAACGCCACCAUUUGUGGAGGUUCCAGCAUGGAAGCCAUUCCAGUUCACUUGUACCACCACUGAAGGGAGUCAAGUAGAUGCAAUCUUCAAAGCUGACGGCUCAUCAGUUCACUCCGAUCCGAGGUUCAUAGUCACCCGCUACAAUGACUCUGCCCUGCAUAUCAGUGCUCCAGAGGGUCUGGAUGACAAGGAGGCCGUAGAAAUCGAAUGUGUUACCCCAACGGGUCAGAGAACCGACAUCACUAUCACUGUUUCCGAGGGCUGCGGACGCAACUACACUAGGUGCAAAGAUGGUGCGUGUAUUCCCGCGUCCCAGUUGUGCGAAGGGACCGCCCAAUGCCGUGACGGAUCGGACGAAAAUCCGCUAAUCUGCAAAGAGUUAUUCCCGAAGUUGGAAAUUAUCCCCUCCCACGUCACUUCCUCGCCUUGGAGACCUUUCAAGUUCAAAUGCAUUGCAAGCACUGCUGAAACACCUUCGGUUGUUCUUUUGAGGGACCGGAAGUCCGUUGAACUGAACCCACGCUUUUCCAUCAAAAAAUCCAAAGGAAACUCAAUUGAAGUUUUUGCUCCUCAAGGUCUUGCGCAGUUUAGACCUAAUGAGGUGUUAGUCUGCGUUCUCAGCACGGGUCAACGGGAGGAAAUUUCUAUUACCAUUACAAAUCAUUGCCGGACUGGACAACUUCCUUGCAAGGAUGGCACCUGUUUGCCUUCAGACAACAUCUGCAAUGGUCGUAGCGAUUGUUCAGAUGGCUCUGAUGAAUCUCGCAUCGCCUGUCCAGACUUUACAUCUGAAGUACGAGCUGCCCCAGAAAAGAUUACUACUCCCCCAUGGCGUGAGUUCGUCUUCCACUGUACCGACAUUAUGGGACGCAGUUCACCUUUGGCCGUCAUCGUCGAAAGCCAAAAAUACGCCAGCUCAGAUCCCCGGUUUCGUGUGAUACAGACCAACAUCAGCACUAUUGAAGUCACUGCAACACAUGGACUGCGCGGCUCUGAGGAAAGUUUAAACAUUGACUGUACCUCCAAGAGUGGAGACAGUACUACUGUGGUAAUCAAAGUGGAGGAUCUAUGUGGCCCCGGGCAGCUGCAAUGCCGGGAUGGACGAUGUCUGCCAGCCAGUAUGUUCUGUGACCAGCGUUCCGACUGUCUCGAUGGUUCCGACGAAGAGAUGCCUCACUGCCGACGUAAGUUGCACAUGCUCACACAGAAAGCCACAUGCAUUGGAAGUGACUCCAAUGACCUAGGAAGCAGGGAAAAGCCUGACAUCCUUUUUGCUGAGGGCAGGAGACCUAUGGACCGCUACUUCCGUUCCGUUAUUCGUCGAAUUAAUGGCAGUUCGGUCGAAGUCACAACGGCACGCGGUCGGAAGACAAUCUUAUUUGAGUGGGCUUUGCUUCUUAUCUCAAGGUCGAUGGUCCCAAUAAAAACCACGAAAAAUAAUGUGGGACCUUUUGGGUGUGUUACGGAUGAAGGAUUGCGUGAAAAUGUGACAAUUUUAAUCAAUGAUAAGUGCGAACCUGGCUCAUUGCAGUGCCUCAACGGUAGAUGCCUUCCAUUCACUGAAUUCUGCGAUGGAAAAUCCGGUUAUCCUGAUGAAUCGAACGAACUUAGGGAGUUUUGCGGUGUCGAAGGACCUAGCUUGGCCCUCAUACCUCCACGUGUUGUGGUGCAACCUUGGCAACAGUUCCGAACAGCAUGCAUAUCGUCAAGUGGACAACAACCCACUUUCGUCUUCUCCAAAGAUCAGUCACCAGUGGGACAGGAUCAACGCUACUUGAUUCAUCAUAUCAAUGCAACAUCAGUCGAGCUUAUCCUUCCACUUGGCCUGCGUGGGCAGGAAGAUGUAGAUGAAAUAAGGUGCAUCACCUCAGAAGGUGAUUCAGUCGUUUUCGACGUCGUGCUCGAGGGCCCUUGUAAAGCAGGGAAGAUGGCAUGCCAGGAUGGGACCUGUUUAUCAGUUUCGCGAUUUUGUGAUGGUCAAUAUGACUGUCAUGAUAAGUCUGAUGAAAGGCGUGACGUCUGUCUAGCUCGACAAUCGCGUGUGAUUGCAAAUCCUGAAUCCAUCACCACAGAUCCUUGGCAAUUGAUUCGGUUCUCUUGUAUAUCUCCCGAUGGAUAUCCCCUCACAGUCAGGCUAUCGGCUACUGGACAAUUAGUAAAGGACAACCCACGCUUUCGUGUGCAUCAAGUGAAUGCUACGACUGUGGAGAUUGUUGCUCCUAGAGGUCUACGCGGUCCAAGGGAUAGCACACAAAUUUGCUGUGCAUUGGAAGACGGUGAGACUAAAUGUGUGACGAUCGCGGUACGAGAUAAGUGUGGUCCGAAUCGACUUCCAUGCGAAGGUGGAAUGUGCAUUCCAGUAGACCUCUUCUGUGACGGUAGGCGUGAUUGCCUUGAGGGAUCGGAUGAACUCGCUGAAUUCUGUGCAGAGCCAUCAUGGUCACCUUCACCACGGUCGACCAGUGUGCGUUUUAGCCCAAGGAAACAGCGCGUACGCCCUGGUCAGGAGAUUCGUCUUGAAUGCACCGCCCUAUUGGGCGAUGUACGUCACCAUCCAAUCGUCGAAUUUGCCAACGGAACCUCCGUCACCAUGGAUCCCCGAUUCUACGUGGAAUAUCCACGACCCGGGCGCUCCGUUGUCACCAUUCCCAGGGGAACGGAAGUCUCUCAGAGACACAUGGAGUUUCAAUGCUAUCUGCCCCAGGGUGAUAAGUCUCGUGCUGAAGUUUUUGUCGACCAGGUGUGUUCGGUAGGGCAAAGACGCUGUGAUGACGGUCUUUGUAUCUACCUGAGUCAGUUCUGUGACGGCAAAAAGGAUUGUGUCGAUGGAUCAGAUGAACUACCACACAACUGCGGUCACUCAGCGCUCAUAGCGGAUAUUUUCGCCGUUUUAGACGCGUGCGACCCGAUCUCCCGCCUAUGUGGAUUGGUGAAUGGGAAGUCGCCAAAGAUUCCAUAUUUUCAGGAGCAUUGGCGUUGUGAUGGUGAAGAUGAUUGUGGCAACGGUUUUGACGAACUCAACUGUGAAAACUAUACUCGAGUGCCAGGUCGAAGAUGUGGCAGCCCUCGAUAUGACUGUUCAAGCGAUGGCAGAAGGGUGCCUCUUGCCUAUCAGUGUGACGGCCAGCCUGAUUGUCCCAAUGGGGAAGACGAAAUAAAUUGCAUGCGUCCGACCAUCUACUCGGAAGGUUGGGUGUCGCGUUACGAGGUGCGUCGUGGGCAGAAUUUGGAGAUUGAAUGCGAAGUUCUGGGUGUGCCUCCGCCGGCCAUUAUCUGGCGUUUUAAUUGGGGCUGUCUACCCGAGAGUGUUCGUACUCGCGUAAAACCCGUCUCCAGCAGAUUAGGCUGCACUGGCAGUCGCAGUCGACUGACUAUUCGCAACGUACAGGAGGGUGAUGAUGGCAUUUACAACUGCGAAGGUCUCACUGGUUUUGAUCGUGCCCUCUCACAGGACAUAUUCGUCAUUCUCAUCGACUGA